UCGCCACUGCGCAGGCGCGGCCGGCGAGAGUGCGGCGUGUGGAGGUGCCCGCCCGGGGUCUGGAGGCCUGCUUGAGGCCCGCGCCAGCCGAGCUCCGCCCGAGGUGAGGCGCAGCGACCCAGCCUCCCGGUGCCCCGGCAGCGUGACCAUGGAGGCCCAGGUGCUGACGCCGCAUGUCUACUGGGCUCAGCGUCACCGCGAGCUGUAUCUGCGCGUGGAGCUGAGCGACGUGCAGAAUCCUGCCAUCAGCAUCACAGAGAAUGUGCUACAUUUCAAAGCUCAGGGACAUGGUGCCAAAGGAGACAAUGUCUAUGAAUUUCACCUGGAGUUCUUAGACCUUGUGAAGUCAGAGCCGGUUUACAAACUGACGCAGAGACAAGUAAAUAUUACAGUACAGAAGAAAGUGAGUCAGUGGUGGGAGAGACUCACCAAGCAGGAAAAGCGACCUCUGUUUUUGGCCCCUGACUUUGAUCGUUGGCUGGAUGAAUCUGAUGCAGAAAUGGAGCUCAGAGCCAAGGAAGAAGAACGCCUAAACAAACUCAGACUGGAAAGCCAAGGAUCCCCUGAAACUCUCACAAGCUUGAAGAAAGGAUACCUGUUCAUGUAUAAUUUUGUGCAGUUCUUGGGAUUCUCCUGGGUCUUUGUCAACAUGACCGUGCGGUUCUGUAUCUUGGGAAAAGAGUCCUUUUAUGACACGUUCCACACCGUGGCUGACAUGAUGUAUUUCUGCCAGAUGCUAGCAGUUGUGGAAACUAUCAACGCAGCAAUUGGAGUUACUAAAUCACCGGUGAUACCUUCCCUUAUCCAGCUUCUUGGAAGAAAUUUUAUUUUGUUUAUCGUCUUUGGUACCAUGGAAGAAAUGCAAAACAAAGCUGUGGUUUUCUUUGUGUUUUACACGUGGAGCAUGACUGAGAUUUUCAGGUACCCCUUCUACAUGCUUACCUGCAUUGAUAUGGAUUGGAAGGUAGUCACCUGGCUGCGCUACACUGUGUGGAUUCCCCUCUACCCCCUGGGCUGUCUGGCAGAAGCUGUCUCAGUGAUCCAGUCCAUUCCAGUAUUCAAUGAAACAGGAAGGUUUAGUUUUACAUUGCCGUAUCCCGUGAAAGUCAAAGUUAGAUUUUCCUUUUUUCUUCAGAUUUAUCUUAUAAUGUUAUUUUUAGGGUUGUACAUAAAUUUCCGUCAUCUUUAUAAACAGCGCAGACGGCGCUAUGGACAAAAAAAGAAAAAGAUCCACUAAAAGGAGAUUCAAAUGGAUUCUUGCCAGUUUGAGCCUAAUCUAUGAUUCUUACAGUUUUACCUUCUUGUACCAGUAUAAAAGUUUUUUAAACUUAAACGAUUAAAUUCCCAGUGAGGUGAUCUUCCUUCUCCCCAGUAACAUUCCUGAAUUUACUGUGACCUUAUUGUAGUACUUGCAUGACAUGGAUUUCUGACACCUGAUGACAGGUACACUCAGUGCAUUCAGUUAAUGACAGCAGUGGGCUCAGCCCACCCACCCUACUUCAUGUCCCAUAUGAUACAUGCCAGAGAUAUCUUUCCAGUGCUUUAUCCCUACAGUGUAGACAGUUCUUAGGGUUGGAAUUUGUCCUUUUCAGCUGUUACUUUGAAAAGAAGCAUGACUAUAUUGCUCUAUAGAAGGCUGUCAAAAGUAACUCAGGCAGGACUUAAUUAUUCUGUUCCCAAGGGGUUAUUUAUUUGUGGGUUGGCAUUGACUUUGAAAAUCAAGUAGACUGAGUCACUGAUAAGACAUUUUAAGUCAGAGUGAGCUCCCAGCAGCAUCUUUUGCUGUGGUGUUUGGCCAUGUGGGUGUGGAGAGGCACAGGGUGACUUGGAGAGCCCAGUCGACCUUGGGACACCAUGACUAAAUCAGAGCUGUUCUCAACACUAAAGAAAGAUGGAACAUUUAGAAAACAAUAAGAUUAAAUUCAAAUGGCAGCAGGGGUCAAAACGGAACACAAACAUGGAGGCCACGCUGGCAGUAAUACAGCUUCAGCCUGGGACAAAAAAACAAGCUGAAAGCAUUAGGGUGGGCCAGGCUUGAGCAGGCCGGAUGCACAAAUGUGAAGUCAGUCUACUGCACUGGUUCAUAGACUUGCGGACUUGGCUGAGUAAGUGGCAGGAAGGUGUGUUUUUGAAUAGGCCUCAAAAACACUUGUUUUAUUCUGCUGUUGUUAGAUUGGCUUUUUUACCUGUCUGCAAUAGGACCCUGAAAAUCGCGGGAGCUUUGGUGGAGAGCCACCAGCUAGUCCUUCAGCAAGGACUUCUGGCAAGAAACCCAAGGUGGGAACCAAAAAUCUAGGCCUGUAGUUACCUGUUGUAAAGACAUCAGCUUCCUCUAAUACAUUCCAAGUAAACCAGGUAAAAUAAGUGCUAGAAGUAGCGCUCAAGGGGGCUUAGGUGUGAGGACUCUUCCUGUCCUGCUGUUUUCAUUGUUCCUGGGGGAAGGAAGACUCUGGGCAGAUGCUGUUUUACAGACCCCAAGAUGGAAACUUGGUUUGACCUAAAACAUCUGAUUAGCAUAGAUGGGCUGAUUUUUAAAAAAUUAAUUGCACUGAAGGAUACACUGCAUGUCUGUAACAUCUGUUGCCUCUUGUUUGUAUUGAUUUCUGAUGUUCUUUCCGCUGUGUAAUUGGGCAAGUCAGCUUUGCAAUAGGUUGUGCUGCAUCCUUGUGGCAGCAUUCUGUAUUCUUUGUGAUGUUACAAACCCCUUUAUUGCUGAGAAAGUGAGAUUGUGCAUUUCUAUUAAAACAUUUGCAAUCAAAAUUCUAA